UUCACCCAGGUCCCAAACUCCUGGACUGAACAGCUCCAGCUGGAGAAGAAGGGCUUUGUAACCAAAAUGUCAAGAAACCCUUUGGAGGAGACCUCGUUUUCCACUCCAGAGAAACCCAAGGACCCCCAAACAAAGCAAGAUGCCAGUGACCACAGGGACCAGUCUGUCACAUGGAGUAACAAGAAUGAGGAUUUUAAAUCGAAAGUCGUCUUGCUGAAUACUGAGUUCCUUCAGUUGACCAGACACUCUUCAACCGUACAGCAGCUCACAAUUUUGCCUAACAACCGUUCACUUUUUAGCCCUCAAGUCCAGAAGCUUCUAGAGGUGCACAUUCAAAAGAGAGUGCAUUUCCAGAGAUGGGGUCUCCCCCAGAGAGUACAGGAAUCAAUCCAACAACUCAUGCCAGAAGCAUGUCAACAUUCUUGCCCUGGGAAUCAAAUAGUCCCUUUCUUCCCAAAGGAAGUCUCCAACGUAUCUAUAGCAGAGGUGAAGAUUGCAGCCACCCAUCCCUUGGCACUGCGGGGGACAGAUCAGCCUGCUCAGCCCUUCCUGGGCUCUGAGAUGAUCCCUCCUGUUUUAGGAAAAGCAGAGCUGAGGAGAACUUCUGAAGAGUCCCCAAACUGCGUUAGCAUGGCUCUGCCUCCUCCUUCCAUCCCAGUCCUGACCAACUCCUGUCCCCUGAAUGGGGGGACUACUCACGUCAAGAAGAACUGUCUGCAACAGAAGUACAGUCAACUGUUCUGCGGUCUCCCCUCUCUGCACAGUGAAUCCCUGGUAGCCACCUUUCUGAGGCACGACUGCCUCUCCCCACGCAGUAGCGUCUCCUCUUUGGACAGUACUUUCCUCUUCAAUGAAUUGUCCUUCCUCCCCUUGCUGCCACAUUCUACCCCUCCUCCUUCUCCACCUAUUCUGAUUGGCAACAGCACCAAAGCCCCUGAAAAGACCCAAAUCAAUGUCCCAUUUCCGGUAGCUGAAUGUGAAACCUUGGAGUGGCAUCUACUACAGAGACAGCUCCAAAUGCUAUGGGGUCUACCCUCCUUCAUCCAGAUGAGUCAACAGUCCCAGAGACCCCUCGAUCAUGAACUCUGUGAGGCAGAACGUCCCCAAAUGAAUGUCUCUGUCCUCACAAGGGAGCUUUUUUUCUUGCCGGACCGUGCCAGGAGGCUCCUUGAGCUACAUUUUCAGAAGCGGAUCCUUCAGUAUCAGCUAAGGCCACCUCAGUCAAGCCAGAAGUCUGUUCCCUUGCUUCUGUCCUCAAUUAACCAGCCACAAGUCCCUGAGAGCACCUCGAUCGAAGUGACACUUCCCCAGAAUGAAAAUCCCCAACUCAAGAUGGCUCAAGCACCUGCUCCCAUUAGGACUCCUGCCCAUUUCAUCAAGCCUGAACCCUAUGCCACAGCUAGGGUGACCGUGCAAAUGCACAUAGAGAAAAAAUGUCUGCAGAUCAAACAAGGGAGCUUUCCAGACAUCAUAUCUGGGUCAUGGGACAUUGGGAACCAAUUGUCAGCGGGAGACCCUCCUACCCAGAGAACUUUGGAAGCUGCCCACUCCAAUAUGGAGUCAGAAGGCUUGGCUUUCCAAGAGCCAAAUACAAUAGAAUGGAUGGAGCUGAGUGUGCACCAACAGAAACUAACACCGCUGCAUGAAACCAUGAGGCAGCCAGACCAGGCUGUGACCCUCCCAGAGAGCGUAAUGGAGAAACUGCAAAUGAUUUUGAGACACAAAUACUUGACUUUCUUAUCAGGAUUACCAGCUCUUUAUUAUGUGGCUCUCUAUAGGGCAAUGUCCCCUUUAGCUAUUUCCCAAACGGAUGUGCCUGGCAUGGGGCAAGGGGUAGUAAAGGAACAAAUUGACCCCAUAAGCUACAGGAUAUGGGCUGAAGAACAAUCAGUUCUCCCCAAAGCAGAGAUUAAUGAUUCCACCACGAAUUCUAGGGACACUGGAAAUGAAUUAGUGGUUUCACAACAGAUAAACGUCUCAGAGGCAGUACCAGAAAGAGGAGGUGAUGAGAAGAGUCCACAGGGAAUAGGUGAACAAAGAGGGUUUGACUGCCCACAGCGUCCCUAUUCGCCAAGUAAGUCUGUCAUCUUGGCCAAGAUGGAUUCCCACCUAAGGAAGAAGGUGUUAGAAGUAAGUAUGGGGAUUCCCCAGAAAGCUAUAGAUUCUGAAUCUCAAGCUCUGCAAUUUUCUUUACCUGAGCCUGGCUUAGGACAUGUUCCCACAGCUGGUAGUCCAGAAAGCCCCAAAGAACUACAAAGGAUUCUCGGCAGACCAGGGAGCCAAGAGUUCCCAGAAAUGUGCUCAUUACCAGCGGCAAGAGAUGUUGAGGUUCCAAGCUGGACGUAUUUUAAGGAGCAGCUCUCCAAUAAGCUGGAGCUCAGUUUGACGAGAACAUCAGAGUACCAAACUCAAAGCUCCCCCACAGCUCUUUCCCUGACAUCCCCCCAGAUCCCAGGCUUCCAGGUUUGCAAGGUUACCCGCCACACUCCCCGAAAAAGCCCAGUAGGCAUGGCUGAUGCUCAAGUGCUCCAUGUACAUAUGGAAGUAGAACAGAGAAGCCCAAGCCAAGGGAAGUACUGGAAAGUGGAGCCACAGAGUCCCUGGGAUUGCCGGGCCAAGGGCAUCGGCUCAAGCCCAAACAAGAUAGAAGGCUCCAAAGGAAGUCAGGGUGGAGGGGAUGCAAGGUGCGGGACCUCUUCUCUCAAAAGGAGGAGCCGAAAAGUUUGGACCGAAGCUCAUCUACGGAAUCCCUGUCAUCCCCACUCCCAGUCCAAACUCCUUCAACUCACACAGCCUCCCUGUCUUCACCCAGGGUCCCAAACUCCUGGACUGAACAGCUCCAGCUGGAGAAGAAGGGCUUUGUAACCAAAAUGUCAAGAAACCCUUUGGAGGAGACCUCGUUUUCCACUCCAGAGAAACCCAAGGACCCCCAA